AUGCGUGGUGUUCAGUUACGUAUUGAAUGUGUUGAAAAGUCGAUAACCGGGCAUAAGACAAAAGAGAAAUAUACUGGUGCUGUGUUUACUUUUGGUAAAACCAAAAUUGCAGAAAAUCUUCCUAGCAAGUUUUGGUUUAAAAAUGAUGUACCUAUACAUAUUUCAUGUGGAGAUGAGCAUACCGCUCUUGUUACAGGCAAUAAUAAACUUUACAUGUUUGGCAGCAACAACUGGGGCCAGUUAGGAUUAGGAUCGAAAUCAACAGUCUGCAAACCAACUUGUGUCAAAGCCCUAAAGCCGGAAAGAGUGAAAUUUGCUGCUUGUGGAAGGAACCACACCUUGGUUGCAACAGAAGGUGGCAGUGUGUAUUCGGCUGGCGGAAAUAAUGAAGGCCAGUUAGGCCUUGGCGAUACCGAAGACAGAGAAACCUUUCAUGUAAUUACCUUUUUUACAUCCCAACAUAAGAUCAGACAGCUCUCCGCUGGAUCUAACACUUCAGCAGCUUUAACUGAGGAUGGAGAACUUUUUAUGUGGGGAGACAAUUCUGAAGGUCAACUUGGUUUAGAUGAUUUGUCUAAUGUGUGUGUCCCUCAUCAAGUGACCAUUGGGAAGCCUAUCACAUGGAUCUCUUGUGGCUAUUACCAUUCAGCCUUUGUAACAGUGGAGGGUGAACUGUAUACAUUUGGAGAACCUGAUUGUGGGAAGUUAGGUCUUCCCAGUGGGCAGCUGACCAAUCAUCGAAUGCCUCAGCUAGUACCUGGAAUUUCCGAGAAGGUGAUCCAAGUGUCUUGUGGUGGAGGGCACACUGUGGUCCUCACAGAGAAAGCAGUUUAUACCUUUGGGCUGGGACAGUUUGGACAGUUGGGUCUUGGAACUUUUAUUUUUGAAACAUCAAACCCUACAGUCCUUGAGUCUGUGAAGGACCUGAAAGUAUGUCGUAUUGCAUGUGGAGAAAAUCACACAGCUUUGAUAACAGUCAAUGUCAAUUUUUCUGUGACCUUAUGCCUACAGGUUGCAUGUGGUGGAUGCCACAUGCUGGUGUUUGCUAUUCCGCGACCUAAUGUGUCACAAGAAUCUGGCCUAGGUGAAAUAAAGGAUUCCUGCUUACCUUCUCCAGCUUUGGCCAUAAUUGAUGUCGCCUCAGGAAGUGGGCUGCAGAGAACAUUAUCUGCCCGAGAUAGGCGAAGAGAGAGGGAAAAAUCUCCAGAUUCUGCCGUAAUGAUGCCUGUGCUACCAGUUGAAGGGACUCCUGUAUCGGCUGAUACCUUUUCUGUCAUUUCUGUCCCUUGCCAAUUACCUACAAGUGAUCUACCAGAGAGACCCUUGUCUAGAAAGGAGAGCCCUGUGGACCAGCUAGAAGCAGAUAAAAUGACCAAAAUAGAAGCAUACACUUCUUCCAUAGCAGAUUCUGAAAACCUGGGAGAAACUACUGAUGUCUUGAAUAUGGUAAUGAUUUUCAAUCUAUCUUAAGAUACAAGUCUGAAGUUUAGUUAUGAUAAUAGUAUGACGAUUGCUUCAAAAAAUUUACAGACACAAGAAACAAUUGAGAAACUGGAGGAACAUGCAGCUGAUACUGGAGUUGUUAAUGAUAAUGAAUCCGAAUCGGAAUUGGAAUCUGAAAUUGAAGAGAGUUCCCAAAAAAUGAAAGAAAAGAAAGAGUAUAAGCAACUAUUAUCAGAAGGAAUAUGCAUGACACAGACAACAGUGUCUUCUGGAUCACUUUCAGAUGAAGACCUAAGUAGUGCCUCAGGCCAGUCUAGGCAUCAGUUCAACACUAUUGAAGACAGUUUGUUGCAAGAAAUCCUUAGAUAUGACAAUAAGCUUGGUGGUGAUGAUCAACUUGAGGGUAAGGAAGUAGAAAAUGAAAAUAAUGGUGGACACAGUCAGAAUGAUUCAGAAGACAAGGAAACAGAUUCUGAGAAAGAAAAUGAGCUGAUAGGCCUGAAGAGCUUGGAGGAUGAAAGGAAAUAUGAGGCAAAUAUAAGCAGUACACUUACUGAGGUCUUGACAAAUACAGAUAUGGAUACUGAGGAUGAAGAUCAAGAUUUGGUCCAGGAAUAUAAAGGACACAAGCACCGUGCGGUGUUUGACCGUGAAAAAGAAUUGAUUGCGUGUUUUAUGGAAGGUGAAAUUGAAAAGCAACAGGAUAUAGCUGAUGAAGUAGAACCACUUGAAUCUGUAGAACGUUGUACUGGAGAGGAAGAUGAAUCUGAUACUAGCAGUGACUCACCCCUGUGGUUUAACAGAAAAUAUGUGGAACAAGCACAUGAGGAAGAUGUUGAACAUGAAGUAUCAAAUUUUAUGGAAAAAUUUAAUUUCAAGAGUGAACAAAUGUCAGAAAUCCUGGAAGAGCAAGGAACUGAUGGUUCUGAAAAGAGUGCUAAAGAGAAGGCUGAGCUAGAGGAAAAUGAGGUACAUGAAGAAAGAGUGAAGGAGAAAGCAGAAAAGCUGUCAGAUGAUCUUGCAGACGUAGAAAAGGUGAGUGAAGGCAAGAAAAAAUUAGGGGAAGAGGCAGAAAAUAUGUGCACAGGUGAAAGUGAUAGAAUCUGUCCAGGAAGUAAAUCAGGAGCAGAACAGAGGCUGAGUGAGGAAAAAGAAGUGAAGGGGGAGAAAAACAGAAGAGACAAGGCAGUAGGAAUUAGAGAAAUAGGGAGCUUGAGUAAAGGAGAUAAGGGCCUGGGAAAGAAGGAAUGGGAGGGGGAAAAUAAGGAAGAAAGACAUCAGGAGGAAAGAAAGAAGCCAGAAAGCGGAGAAAGGAAGGAGCAAGGAGAGAGAGGAAGAGAGGAAGAAGAGGAGGAAGAGCAAAGAGAAGGGGAGGAUGAAGAUGAGAGUGAAGAGCAGCCAGGAGUAGAAGAAAGGGCUGAGGGAAAAGGUGGAGAACAAAGAGAAGAGGAUAAAGGGGAAGGAGAUGGGGAAGAGGAAGAAGGGAAAGGUGAAGAGAUAGAAGAGGAAGAGAAAGAGGGAGGAGAGGAAGAGGAAAGGACAGAUACAGAAGGGGAAGACCAGGAGGGACAAGGGGAAGAAGAGGAAGUGGAUGGACGUGAGCAAGAAAAGCCAGGGAAAGAAGGGGAAGAGCAGGAAGAAGAGGGAGGAAAGGUAGAAGAGGAAGGGGAAGGGAAAGAGGAGGAGGGAGAGGGAGAUGAAGGGGAAGGGGAAGAGGAGGAGGGAGAGGGAGAUGAAGGGGAAGGGGAAGAGGAGGAAAGAGAGGGAGAUGAAAGGGAAGAGGAGGAAGGAGAGGGAGAUGAAAGGGAAGAAGGAGAGGGAGAUGAAGGGGAAGAAGGAGAGGGAGAUGAAGGGGAAGAGGAGGAAGGAGAGGGAGACAAAGGGGAAGAGGAGGAAGGAGAGGGAGACGAAGGGGAAGAGGAGGAAGGAGAGGGAGAUGAAGGGGAAGAGGAGGAAGGAGAGGGAGAUGAAGGGGAAGAGGAGGAAGGAGAGGGAGACGAAGGGGAAGAGGAGGGAGAUGAAGGGGAAGGAGAGGGAGAUGAAGGGGAAGGAGAGGGAUAUGAAGGGGAAGAGGAGGAAGGAGAGGGAGAUGAAGGGGAAGGAGAGGGAGAUGAAGAGGAAGAGGAGGAAGGAGAGGGAGACGAAAGGGAAGAGGAGGAAGGAGAGGGAGAUGAAGGGGAAGAGGAGGAAGGACAGGGAGAGGAAGGGGAAGAGGAGGAAGGAGAGGGAGACAAAGGGGAAGAGGAGGAAGGAGAGGGAAACGGAGAAGGGGAAGAGGAUCAAGGCAAGGGAGAUGAAGGGGAAGGAGAGGGAGUUGAAGGAGAAGGGGUAGAGGAGAUAGGAGAGAGAGAUGGACAGGAAGAGGAGGUAGGUGAGGGAGAUGAAGGAGAAAGGAAAGAGGAGGAAAGAGAAGGAGAUGAAGGAGAAGGGGCAGAAAAGAAAAGGAAAGAAGGGAAGAGAGACAGGAAAGAAAGGGGGAGGGAAGGAGAAGAGGAGGCCAAUGAGGAAGAAGAGAGAAAAUACCAGGACACAGGUGAUGAAGAAAAUGAAGGGUGGGAAAGACAGGAUGAAGGAGAAGAGACAAAAAAGGUGAGCAAAAUUAAAGCAUAUAUGAAAUAUAGCAAAGAUAGAGUGUAUAAAAAAAGGUUUAUCACUAAAACGGAGGGGGAGAGGAAAAAACAUGAAAUACAGAGGUCCAAAAUGCCAGUGCAGUCAAAACAGAUUUUGCAAAAUGGGCUACCAGGUGCCAAAAAAUUCUGGAAUAAUGUAUUACCACAUUACUUGGAAUUAAAGUAA